AUGGAGAGGGAAGAACGGCCGGCACAGCUGGAGGUGACCUCGAACCGUGCGCUUUUGAACGAGGGGCAUAGUGAGCGUUUGUAUGGCUAUCCUGCUGCACUGUGCCUGUUUCGCGCCUCCCAGAAGCUGCUUGGAGCAACCUUGAACGCCAACCCCUCGUCACUACGUGGUCCGCUAGUGAAAAUCAUGGAAAGUCCCGCUCUACGCACAUCACUGCGGCGCCAUUAUGAAAUGUUUCCAUUUCGAAAGGCAUGUACCGAGCAGCCCAUCAGUGGUGACCAGGAGCCCAUUACGUCGCCCCCUCAGUUUUUCAUUUAUUCAGUACUCGAUCGCUACCUAAAUCACAUUAAUCUCUACAUUCCCGUAUUCGGAGCCGGUACACUAUAUGAUACCGUUGCGGAUUGCUAUCGGCCCGACGGUCCUCCCUCUCAAGCCGGGUGGCUAGUGUGUUUAAAUUGUAUCGUCCUGCUGACAUUGCAUCUCGACGCUUGUGUGGCCCGACGAUCUGGCCUCGGCAUGGAUCCGUGGAGCACGCAGUCUGAGGUGAUUAACAAUGCCUUGAACAACUGUCGCCGUGCCUUGGCCAACUUGGACGCGCUUUUGCAGCCAGGUGUGGUCAACAUUCAGGCGCUCAUCAUGCUGGCUCUAGUGGCGCGAGAAUUCUUUAUCAGCGCCGUAUUCGAGAAUGUGUGUUCUGCCGCUUGUAAACUAGCACGGUCCAUGGGCCUCCAUCGGUGCGUUGGGAUGGCGAAUGACAGUGUGCUGGAAGCCCGCCAGCGACUCUUCUGGAUUCUGUACGUCAUGGAUAAAACUCGCGUCUUCCUCAGCGGACACUCCCCCGAUCUACAUCUGUUUGACUCAGAGUUCCAACUCCGCCUGUCCGACUCUCAGAUGUCCGUCGCGUCAGACUUCCACUGCGUCAUGGCCCACAUGAUGACGGUCUGGGAGGAAAUUUAUAUCGGGCUAUACUCGGCUCGAGCAGUGCGCUUGGGGGCAGAAUAUCGACACAGCCAGGUGGAUCGGCUGGACCGUAUGUGUGACGAGUGCCAACCUCUAAUCCCGUUGCAGGAGUCCAGCGACCCCGGACUGCGCCUGAUGCAGCUGGAGGUCAGAUACUGCUUCCAUGUCAGCAAAAUUCUGAUCCAUCGCUGCCAUAGAAUGACCGGUGGAUGGCAGAGGUGCCAUGAACAUGCCGUGUCCGCUCUCCAGAUCAUCACUGAUGUCUUUGAACAGCCCGCGACACCAGGUAGCUGUGUCAUCCUGGGCCGGAUAUUUCAGAACUACCCACUCGUUGCCUUCCACGACCUUUGUUUGCGAUACCUCACAGAGGGCUUAGUUGAUGUCGCGGCCAUGCUUCCGAGGCUGAUCAACGUUCGCCGGCAAUUGAGCUCCUUAGAGCAUAAGGGUUUGCCGAGUGCAUACUUUACGAAGCUAAAUUUAGGCGUCACUUGGUGUACCGACUUGAUGAGCGUGGUGAACAACUCAAGUAAGGCCUUGGAGCCAACAACAUGCCUCCUGACCCCUUCGACCAGUACUGAUAUGGGCGAUCUUCUGCCAUCAAUGUCGCUCAGAGAUGAGAAUGCAAAUUACUGGGCAGAUACUAGCGACACGUUGAUUCAAGACCAAUCAGAUAUAUUGGGAACAUUCGGUUCGCCCGAUUACUUCUUUGACCCUACAUUUUUUGAAGCUCUUCUCCCAGAAGAGCAUUUCACGACUUGA